UAUAGUAGUGAGUACAUCAGUAGCGAUAAUAAUAGUUCGGAUAUUGAAAUAGAAAACGACUCGAAAAGUAGCUGUGAAGAUAAUAAUAGUACAAGCAAAAGGAAUAAGGAAAAGAAAAUUUUAAAAAAUGAAGAUGUUAAAUGUGAAAAAGAUAAAAAUAAAUUAAAAUAUCCAUAUGAAUAUGGACAGGCAUAUUUUAUGACACAAAAAGUGGCUGACGGUGACAAGAUAGACUUUAGCACACUUAGAUAUGAAAUUCAUGUAAUAUCAGUUAAUAAAUUUCAAUGUACAUGCCCAUUAAGAUUUUAUGGCGGUAUUAGACCAAAUGAAGGAAGUCACUUUGUUGGAUACGCUUCAUGCCCGCAUCCAAAUUGUGGUAGAAAAUUUAGAUUUGAUAUAUUUGAAAUAGAUUCAAGUAUUAUAUCAGUUACAAUGUAUGCAAAUGAAACAAGAGCUAAAAAUCACAAUACAUCAGCAUUGAUUCCAUAUUUACAAGUACGAGGACCAAAACGAACAGCAGUUAGGACAUUAUUGAAGUAUAGCAAAGCCAGAAAAGUUCAUUUAGAAAAUAAUGCACAAUGCGAUGUAUCAUUAGCAAAAGAUGGAAAUGUGGGUUUAGCAAUGAAGAUGCAUGUUGUUAAUAAAAUAAAAUCAGAAUUAAGAAUCGAAGAUAAACUGGAAUGCAAAUCACGCGAUAUUAAUGAUAUUGCACAAUAUUGGAUUGAUCAACAUAAAUUAAAAAAUCCAGCCGUGAGAUUAUUUCAAUUACCAUUGAAAAUUUUAAUUUGGGUAAAAGACCAGUUACAGGCUUUUAUUGAUGGCAAAGGAAAAAUAGUUCAUUUUGAUUCAACGAAAGCAAUGUGUAGAAAAAUCGAACAUGUAGAUACUAAAAUGAUUAUGUAUUAUACUUUAGUAUGGAGAGGUCGUGAAUCAACUAUUCCUUUAUUGGAAUCAAUUUCGGAUAAUCAUGAUAUUCCAUCUGUUGAAAUAACUUUAAAAUUAUACAAAAACUUCGUACAUAAGACAAUUAAUUAUUGGCCACCAUUUAAAGCAGUAGUUCUAGAUUGGAGUUGGGUGUUUAUGAAUAGCUUUUUAUUUGAAUGGAACGAAGGAAUGACUAUGACAGAAUAUUUAGAGGAGACUUAUGCUAUAUUGACAAGAAAAAAAUUGAAACGGUCAGAUCUUAUAGUUCUACUAUCUUGCAAUGCCCAUAUUAUAAGAAGAUUUCUAAAAGUAUUAAAGAAAGAAUUAAACCUAAGCGAAUCGCAAAUAAAGUUUUUAUUAGAAUGUUUUGCACAAUUAAUAUUAUGUAGAACAUUAGACGAACUAAGUUUAACUUUUGAGCAAAUAUUGAAUGUAACGCUCGAAAAAGACGAAGAAAAAGCUAAUGACAGUCUAAUUUACCUAUCUGGAAUGAAUAAGAAAAAAAAGGAAGUUAUUGACAAAAUGAUGGAAAAUGUACUAGAUGAUGAAGAAUUAGAUGAAAUGAAUGAAAACUUUCUUGACAUGCAUAAAAAUUCAAAAACUAUUUGUGAAAGAAGCCCAUUUUACGAACAUUUUUGGAAAAUAUUAAUGCGUAAAGAAAAUAAUCUAUUAACAAAUAGUGAUGAAGAUAUUACUAAUGAUUAUUACGUAAUAGAAUUUGGUCGAUAUGUAGUUAAAACAUUUUUAUCAUAUGCACCAUUAAUUGGAGCUUUAAUGAUACCGUUUGUGGACGACAGUGUUUCACGUGUUAGUAACGCAUUUGCUGAAUCGUAUAUAAAUACGUACAAGCAUACAAUACUUCAACUUCCAAAAGACAAUGCUAUUGGAGAAAUAGUAAGAGAAGUAGUAAAAUAUAAUAAAGGAUUAAUUGUAGAAGAGAUAUUAGAUAUACAUGCUAAAAGCACGAUAGCAGUUCAAAAAAGACCACAUUACCCAGAGGCUGCCUCAAAUCCGUUUGAAAUUGAAAAAUGGGGAAGAAGUAAAAAGGAAAUAGAAAAGCAAAGUGUGAAACCAAGAAAACAUACAUGUUAUGAAGGCAGAGAACUUGUGAGUAUUGGCCAAAAAAUUGUCAACAGAAGAAAUAAUUUAAAGAAUAAAAAUAAAAGAAAUUCAAGAAUUCAAAAGAGAAAUACUAAACCAAAACAAAUAAAAAAUUCAAACUUAUCUGCCAAAAUGAAAUUAAAAGGUUUUAACAUUUUAAAACCCAAGAAAGUAGUAGAAAAAAAUAAUAAAAAUAUAAAUGAGAAGGUUAUAAAACAGGAGAAAGAAAAGUUAUUGUUAGAAAACGUAGAUAAUUUCACAAUUGAAUAUAGAAAUGAAGAUUUAUUGUCAGAAAAUGUAGAUAAUUCUGAAAUUGAAUAUGAAAAAGAAGAACAAUUGAAUAUCAGUGAUGCAAAUACAUGUACGAUUGAAAAUGACAAUGAAAAAUUGAACAAAGAUAAUGAAACAAUACUUAGGAAAACACAUGAAAUAAAAAAUAAUAUAGAUAUUUUACCAAACGGACUUAUAAAUAGUGUAUGGCAUUAUGUAACAUCGUCCUCUGAAAGUAUAAAAAUUGGUAUAUACGAACCAAAUACAAAUAUAACGCUUGUUUUGAAGGAAUUUCAAAUGUCAGCAAAACAAUUUUCACCAGUUGUCCGUAAGUUACAAUGGAUAGAUUCCACAAUUGUAGACUGUUUUACAACAACACAUAUGAACUCAUGGACAAACAAGGAAGUAACUUACAUGCCAACAGAUAUUGCAAAUAAAGCUAUCGGCAGUUAUGCUACAGUAAGAAAAAGUCCACUAUCGGAAUUGUAUACAAUAAAGACUCCAAUUAACAAAAUAUUACUUAUGCCUUACAUGUUCGACGGACAUUGCAGUCUGUUAUGUGUAGACACAAGAAAUUAUAUAUAUACAUUAUUAGAUCCAUACGAAAAUUCAAUUGAUGAAGGAAGAGCCAUAAAAGAGUUCAAAAAUUACAUAAAUUCAUAUGGAUACAUGCCAACUGCUACGCAAAAGGAAAAAAAAAUACAGAGGAUGAAGAAGAUCGCAGUUUGCCAACAUUUAAAAGAAAAAGAAAAAAUAUUGGGACAAUAAAUGAUGAAACAAUAAAUAGAAAUUUCGCAAAAAGUAAAGAACCAUUCGAAUGCAAACUUUGUUCUAGAAUUAGUGACGUUAAAAGAAUAAAAUUAAGUGAUUAAAAUAUCUUUAUCAAA